UUUUUUUGUGGUUGCUGCUCUCGUCUUCAGACCUCCUUGGACUCGGCCGUCUCGAUGAAGGAUCUCUCUAUCGUUGUGGACAUCCUCAACAUCGUUAACCUCAAACCGUCUCUAUGGAAACUGGACCUGUGUACCUCUAUCCUGCCCCAGAUUGAAGAGCUGCUGCAAAGCAAGUAUGAGAGUUACGUGCAGACGGGUUGCACCUCUCUGAAGCUGAUCCUGAAGCGUUUCUGGCCUCUCAUCUCAGACACGCUGACAGCGCCCCCCUCUGUUGGAGUGGAUAUAACACGGGAGGAACGCCACCAGAAGUGCAAGGCAUGCUACAAGCAGCUGAAAAACCUCAGCAACGUGGUGAAGAACAAGGCCGACCAGGUGGGACGCCACGGCAGCGCCUUCAAAGAGCUGCAGCUGCUCAUGGCCCCACUGGACUACUGACAGUUGACUAUGCAACUGGAGACGCACAGACCCCAAAUGGCUGAGCACUGCUGUGAGGACUCAAGUCUGACUGACGGCUGCAUUCUCUCAUCCACCCGAGUGGUAAAUCCGGGGACAAUCACAGAUUCACACGGCUUGUGGAUGGACUGAAGCAAUGGAGUCAGAGACAGGGUGGGAUAUGAGUCCUGUGUAUCCAGAAGGAGUCCAUGUUAGAGAUCACUGUGUAGGUGUGUUUUCAGGGCGUAGCUCUAUUUAAACACGGGGCACUCAUGAUUCCUUAAUCUGUAUUUGUCUGUAUGAGUAAUUAUGUCCUCUGUAACCUUGACUUGCCGAGCACACACACUUUAAUUCCACAGACCUGACUAGGGCCGGGUUUCAAUACGAUCGUAGGUUAUAGGCAUUACGGCUUUUAAAGGUAAUGUUCAAGGAAAUCCUAUUCACAGUAAAAGCUGCACAUUUCGGGCUCAAUCAGAAAUCGCCUUUAAAAGCCGUAAUGCCUAUAACCUACGAUCGUAUUGAAACCCGGCCUAAUUUACUGUGUGAUUUCUAUUAAAUUUUUUUACAUUCUGUACCUGAGAUGUCAACCCGAGAUUGCACUCUUUGAAAGUAGUUAACACUAAAAUAACAUGUUUUUCAAAUAAAGAAUGGAGUCUA